AUGCCUAGUGCAAUCUUAAUUAUGUGGUUACCAUCGUUGAUUCUUUUUAGGAAGCUCAAAGGAAGCAAGACUGCAACAAAAAUCUCUGAAUGCACUCCAAGCUUCUGUACGGCAUACGUCGUUUUGAAGGGCAAACUGUCAUUUGUGCACUCAGCUACAUCUGAUCCCUGCGAAAUACCCAAGACCAUAUCUUCUUCAAAUGUUUCUUCAUUUAGCUCCAGAAGCCUUUCCAAUGCGCCCUCAGAGUGGGAUGACAGAAAUGGAACAAUAGUUGUAUUAUUCCGCCAGUCAUCUCUGUCAUCGCAGCAUGAUCACGCACUCGCAAAUAUAAACAGGUCGGCCAAUAGGGGAGCUAGCCCUUCAGGCAGUGCUGGCCGCGAGAUCUCUUACCAUGUUGAUACAACCCUGAAGACAAAUUCACACUCAAUCGCAUCAGUAGCGCAGCUCAGUAACAGCAGCAGUGGGGAUUAA